AUGAGUAUGAGUACCAAGAUCGCCAAAGCCUGUGACCCUUGUCGACUGCGCAAGCGAGACAUCAGCGCAUCUGUAUCACAGCUGCCUCCACCAGGGUCUGGUCUAUCAGUUGGUGCGCUGUCCGCAAAUGCUAGUCCCACAACUCAAUGGCCUGACCAUCUCAGCGCCGAGGAGUCUGAGCAGGCAGUCCAACACGAGGUCUACCACAGCGUCACCGAGACACAUUUGUCGUCCACUCCAACCGAUAGCUCGCAGCUCUUCUACGGACCUUCAUCAUGCUUUGCUUUUCUUCAGCAAAUACACCGAGGCAUCUUACCCACGACAGAUCAUGGCAAGCAUGAGGGAAACAAGACGCAACCUGGCCUUGACACUUUUAUGCAGAGUUCGAUAUUCUUCGGGACACCACCAAGGAUUAGCCAAGAGGCAAUCCGAUCCGAGAGCAUCCAACGGUCAACCAUAUCAAGGGAAAUAGCGCAAGACUUCCUCCAAGGCUUCAAGAUCACAUCUCACUAUCGACUGCCAUUUUAUACGAUCGAAGAGCUCGACAGUUUGUUACAGAUGACAUACGACUCACGGUAUGCACAAAAUAUACCGCCGCAGACAAAAGCCAGCUUCCUAGCAAUAUUGGCCAUUGGCGCUCUAUCUACGCCACAGACAGACCUCGCAGAAACCCUCUUUACCGAAGCCAGACGUGAAGCCGUCAGUCUGGAGGAUGCAGUGACAUUGCAGACUCUCCAGCUGUCCCUAUUAUUUGCCGACUACCAGGUCAAUAUUGGUCGCCCGACUUCGACUUACAUGCACCUUGGUAUGGCUUGUAGGAAGGCGCUUGCAUUUGGCCUGUAUAUUAGCGCCCUUUCUACCCGGUUGGAUAGCCUCACGUUACAAAAGCAUCAAACUACACUUUGGUCACUUUACUUCUAUGAAACAUACCAAGCUCUGACUCUAGGGCGACAAAGCAGUCUAAGAUGGAAGGACAUCACCUGCCCAUUUCCAACAGAGCCACUCCCCAUCGUCAGACUCUGCCGCAUCGCCAAGAUCAUGGAGGAUGCCGCAGAAGGUAUGUACGGAACAAGAGCAAAUUCUCUUCGGCAGCUGUACGUCAUGGCAGAAGAGUUACGUGGUCGCCUUGGUCAGUUUGCACGGGAGUACGGGAUUGCUUCCGCACAAUCGGGCACUGACCAUGGCUUCCCCGAGACGCGCGAGUCUAUGACUCUACACAAUUAUAUGUGA